AUACCCGUUUUCUUCGAUUCAAAAUGUUCACCAUGAAGCGCUCUCUUGGGUGGAACGUGAUAAUGGCAGCGGCGCUACUGACAAUCACGUUCCUCAUUUCCAUGCCUUUCUUCAGACUGUCAUCGGAUUCUCCAUCCUCCCCGAACCUCGCGGGCCAUGGCGGCUUGGCUGAUCCCUUAUUCGACUAUAAGCACGACGAUGUUGCAACAGUUGUCACCGAGAACAAAGGAGCGAGGGAUCCCUGCGUCGACGUCGCGCUUUCAAAUGACGGCGCAGCGGCGAAGUCAGGUAAAGGACUUACGGUCCUUGUCACGGGAGGGGCGGGCUUCAUCGGGUCGAACUUGGUAGACCGACUGCUGGUACUGGGCUACAAGGUCAAAAUAAUGGACAACCUCUAUACCGGCUUCCUACGCAAUGUUCCCCUCCAGAACAAGAAUGUGGAGUUCAUCUUUGGCGACAUUAUGAACAUGGACGAUCUGAGCCGAGCAGUCAAGGAUGUUCAUUUUGUCUACCACUUGGCGGCCAUGAGCAAAGUGGUACCAUCCCUGAAAUCCUCCGCAAUGGCACGCUUCUGUACCGAGUCCAACGCGUUGGGGUCGUGGAAUGUCCUUGAUGCAGUUCGUCAGCAGGGCAACAUUUCGAAGGUCAUCUACGCCGCCUCAUCCACUUACUAUGGCAACAAACCUGCACCUCACCGAGAAGACAUGGCGCCCGAUUUUUUGACGCCAUAUUCCGCGAGCAAGUAUGAGGGUGAACUGCAGAUGCAGAUGUUUGACAGACUGUUCAAAGUUCCCACAAUUUCGACCCGAUUUUUCAUGGUCUAUGGACCACGUCAACCCAGCACGGGCGCCUAUGCUAUCGUCACCGGAGUGUUUGCGAAGCAGGCUGCUCAAGGGCAUCAGCUGACAAUUGAAGGAGAUGGCUCCCACUACCGGGACUUCAUCCACGUCACCGACAUCGUCGAGGGUCUCAUCCUGGCACAGCAGUCCCCAGAUCUCCACGGCGACGUAGUAAAUCUCGGAACCGGGACCAAGUUUUCAGUCCAAGAAGUGGCAGACUUGGUGUCCAAGGAGCAAGUUCACACCGAUCCCCGUGCAAACGAUCUCGAGGGAACUCUCGCCGACACCUGCAAGAUGAAGCGUCUGUUGAACUACAGAGCGAAGGCUGAUUUCAAAAAGGAGAUGGCGUACAUGGCAAAGCAGACGAUGGAAGGCAAUGUGUUUAUUCAGGAGUGGCUGACGCCAUUGCAUGGGCUCUCGGCACCGCAUCUCCUUUCCCCCGGAACACCCGUCUUCAAAUGGCCGGCCAACCAAGGCGAUCUUGAUGGUCUGCUGGCGGCAUACGAUGAUUUCAAGAAGCGAGCGGACGUUGCUGUCAGCAAGGAGACCACGGAACUCGUCAGCGUGAUCCCCUUUACUGUUGGCAAAGAAGAUGUGGAGCUGAUUGGAGACCUCAUCCUGAAUACCAUCUUCACAUUGGUACGAUUUGGAGGCGUCAAGACUUACAUUGUAGCAGCGUAUGACGAUGCUGCUCUUGCAAGCUGCAUCACUCUCAACCUUCCAUGCUACGAUGUCAGAUCAAAGGGUUCUCUCGCACUUCUUGGGGACUUGCUGUCUCACGGGUAUGAUGUACAUUUCGCGCAGUUGGGCAACUCCUACCUCCAUGAUGUGCGGACCACUCUCAAUAGUCUUCUUCAGAAGAACAGCGAACCCGACAUUAUUACCGGCAAUCUCGAAGGCGAUGUUUUCAUACGAACAAACGACCGGACCAAAGCGGAGUUCAGCAAGGAAGCUGCGAUCCCCAAGGACGACAGCCGUGCUCUGUUUGCCAUCAACAGCUGGCAAAAAUCGGGGUUGAAGAAGGCAGAGUACUCGGUGCAGCAAUUCUGCCCAGCGGACGGAGUGAAGACUCAGGAGUUGAGCGCGACUUGUAAGAUGGAUCUGUAUGCGGCGAUAGGUUGUCCGAAAGCGGCUGCACCACAGAGUGUACCCGAGAUUAUUGCUGGGUUGAAGUCGAUUUCAGCAUGGCAUUUGCAUUCGUGUGCGAAUGUUGAGAAAUGUGAUCGGCAGCAAGUUGUGCCCCUGAGGUGGAUCAGUUCUCCACCUAAUCUGGUAGCAACGGAGAAAUUGUGUUAAUAUACCUUGUAAUUAGACGUGUGCUUGAUGAAGGCGCUUAAAUGAAUAGGAGUUUGGGCUUGAAUAAUUUAUGUGCAGGUAUAUUAACAUUUGCAAACUAAUGCAACGGGGUCGUCAAGAACAGACAGCAAAAACUAUCAGACUUUCCUACAGAAAUCUCGAGGCUGCAAAUAAGUCUACAUUUGGUGUACCUUGCUUGUCUCUCUAUGAUUGCAUACCGAUGGGUGAUGAAUUUCAAGACCAAUCUUGCUGGCCCGGUGAUUACACUCUUCUUAACUAGACAUACCACCACUAGUGCAUUCAGCUCGCUGAACACACUGAUUAUCGAUAUCAAUGUUGAAAGCCCAACUACCGC